AUGUAUCUGCAUACAGGUCAGCAUGCACACAUUAUGAUAGCAGAUGAAGCAGAGGGCCUAAGGGCCUUGACACUGGUUAUUGAUGAGCUGCAUGAAGUGGAGUCUAUACUAGACAAAGGAUAUCAAGUAGUAGCUAUGUCCACUGUGAUAUGGCACCAAUGCAGAUUGCCUCUGGAUCUGACCAUUAAAAUUGCACUUACCAGUGCAAACAGAAAAAUAGAAUGGUUCUUGGGACUCUGCAGAAAUGUGCCCUUCACCUUCAAAGGUCUGAAAGUACUGUUGCAAGUGCAUAUUGUGGAAAACACAGCAUAUGAUGUCAUACUGGAAAGACCAUUCUCUAUGCUCUGUGAAAUCAAAAUUGACAACUGCACUAAUGGAUAG